CGCGCGGGCCAUGGCGGCUUUGCGGCCCGGAAGCAAAGCUCUUCGCCGGCUGCUCUGCCGGUCCUUCUCCGGCGGCGGCGUUCGGCUGGCCCGUGAGCGCGCUACGGAGCGCAGGGAUGCUGCGUCCAGCCGGGUCUCAAGAUUCUGCCCUCCGAGACAGUCUUGCCAUGAUUGGAUAGGCCCCCCAGACAAAUACUCCAACCUUCGUCCUGUUCAUUUUCAUGUCCCUGAAAAUGAGUCUCCUUUGGAGCAAAGGCUUAGGGAAUUGAGGCAAGAAACGCAGGAAUGGAAUCAGCAGUUCUGGGCCAAGCAGAAUCUGUCCUUUAAUAAGGAAAAGGAAGAGUUCAUUUACUCAAGGCUACAAGCUAAAGGCUCAGGCCCGCGAACCGAGUCAGGCCAAAGAGCAACGCUGGAUGCCGAGGAGAUGGCUGACUUCUAUAAGGACUUUCUGAGCAAGAAUUUCCAGAAGCACAUGUGCUAUAACCGGUAUGCACGUCCGCCUUUCCUGAGCUCAUUGAGCUCAUCCAUCAAGACAGUUCUCCUAGCUAUGCCCUUUGCAGUUCUAACCAAACCUGUCAGCUUCGGUAUGUGUGCGAGGUACCCAAAGCCCCCCCCCGGGCUUACAUCAUCGAGUAGGUCCUGACAUCUCUUAGUAUCUUUCCCUGGAAAUAUGGGGUCAGCCAGGACCCUUGGUCAGUAGAGAAGAGGGCCACAGGAGAGCCAUACAGGGACCAGCAAGGAGCCUGAAAUGCAGGGUGAGUCACCCUCCCAAGCCGUACACAGGAUUACAAAAUAUCACUGCACACACGUGUCUGGGGAGCGCUCCUGGAGGCUCUGGGUCUCUUCUGGUUAUGCACAGCUCAUGUGGAAGAGUUUCUCUGCCCCACACCAAUAGUAUUCAAAGGUGACCACACAAAAAGGCACUCAGGCUUGCACAUGCCUUUAAUCCCAGCAUUCAAGAGGCAGAGGCAGGCGGUGAGGCCAGCCUGGUCUACAGUCAGUGCUGCCCUGAGAAACCCUGUCUUGGAAAACAAAACAAAGAGAACACUCAGAAAUAAUGAUGUGAUUCUGUUCCUAAUGGCCGCCCAGGUCUAGACGCUCGUCAUCUCUCGUCAUCCCUCGUCAUCCCUUGUCACCCCUAGCUGCUGAAACCACUGGGCAGUAAAGGCUGUGGGGAUUGGAUGGUGACCUGAGGGUGCCACACCUGAGUCCUAAGCACGGCUGCAUCUUAUGUUGUGGUGACCCAUUGAGCUGCAGGAGGAGGGACAGCCCAUGCCUGCAGCUGUUUUCAGGAGACGUGGGGCAGCAUGAGAACCUGAAGGUGUCAGUCAGAGUCCUGGGAGUCAUUCUACAGAGCUGCAGUCCUGAGCUCCUGUGACAGGUGUCUAAUGGAGAUGGGAUAGGUCUCUAAUGGAUCGUCCUGUCAGAUUAGUGGGAUUUUUUUUUUAACUAAUUUUUGAGACAAGGUCUCAUAUAUAGGCCUGAUUGGUUUGAGACUUGCAGUGUGGCCAGGGCUCUGUCCCAGAAGAGAUAGAAAGUAAUAAGUAGAUGUUACCGCGUUGGGCUCUAUUUUGUUGCUGUGAUUGUUUAGUUGUUUGAUUGUUUUUGAGGAAGGAUCUCACUAUGUAGUUCUAGAGGUUCUGGAACUCUGUGUAGACCAGGCUAGCCUCAAACUCAUAGAGAUUCUGCCUACCUGCACUUCUUAAGUGCUGAGAUUAGAAGUGUAGGCCGCCAUGCUUGGCCUAAUAAAUCUGAUUUUAAAAAAAAAAUGAUUUUAGUCUUUUGUGAUAUCUGGUAAAACAGAUGCAACUUGAGAUUUUUGUUAAAAUGUAGCAGUGACAGGGCUGGGUGUGGCCAGAGGGGCAAGGUCUCAGAGAACGUGGGCAGCUUCGGGAGGGAGCCAAGUCUGUGUUGUGUUAUUCUGACCCAGUUAGCUGCUCAACCAUGUGAACUCAUGGACGCAGCGCAUUGCUGCCCCCUACAGGUCUGUGUGUGCAGUGCCCUCGAGGCUGCCUCCACACAGAAACCGGGAGACUUUUCUGGCUUUUCUGCCUAACUGCCCGGAGCGAAUCAUCUGCCUCACAAGAGCAGUGUGGCUCUCCUUGCCUGAGACACACAGGGUGGCCUCUUGCUCUCCCCGAGCCUUUCCUAUUUACUUAGGGUUCUGCUAGUCAGCGGGGUUGCCUCAGCUAGCGAGUUUUAAGUUCCCUAUAGAUGGAUGGAGUCUGUGGACCUACACCGUGGCUGACUUGUGCUGUCCCCUCCUUAGGGCUCUGGUUCCUCUCUUACCUUCUGGGCUGAGAUCCAAGGAGUCAGUGCAUCUAGCCCUAGCAGAAGCACUCAGGAGCUCAGAGCCUGGAACGGCUGGUGGCCUUGGGGCAGCAAGGCCUCGGACCCAGGGACUGAGAUGUGCUUUUCCUCCACGCAGUAAGCCCUCCAGACGUCACCUCACCAUUAGACUCAGAGCUGCCACCAGUGCGUGGGCUUCCAUUGGUGACUUGUAGGCAGCAGCCCAUGUCUUUUCUCUGUAUAGAUUCUACCAAGGUAUGUGUGAGGAUCAGACCUGUCACCCAGGAGAAGGGACUUUGAGCUUUGUGACAUUCCACUUCCUACUGUGGAAUACUUUGUCCCAUACAAAUUAGACCAAAGCAGAACACCCCCACCCCAGUCCCUAGGCUGUCCCUUAGAUACUCACCGCUGCCCGUCUAGGGACGCUGCUGGGUUCACAGGGGAUCCUAAGAAUCCAGUCUGCCAGGACAGGCCAGGGGACGAUGAGAACGCUCUAUCCACAGGGAAACUGGCUGUGGAUGUGCAUGGCCAGCUGGGCUGGAAGUAGGGAGUCAGGUGACCGUGGCACCUCCAGGAGAGCUGCUGUCUGGUCAGCUGACACUGCAGUUGACUGGGGUCCUCUCUCUCUCUCUCUCCUCUCUCUCUCUCUCUCUCUCUCUCUCUCUCUCUCUCUCUCUCUCUCUCUCUCUCUCUGUAGAGACUGGUACAAGCGCAAUUUUGCCAUCACUUUCUUCAUGGGGAAGGUGGCCCUGGAGAGGAUGUGGAGCAAGCUGAAGC